UAGUAUUUGACCACCUCAAAACAUCACAUCAUUCUCACGCCGAGAGUCGAGGCAUACAUAGCAUAUACGACGUUAUUAAAUUUGUCAAAAAAGUGCACAGGGAACUUUUGGAUUUUUUGUACUUGAUUUUCAUUUUGUGAAGGGGUAUCUCCCAUACAUUACCAUUCAGAAAUGGAACCAACACGCACAAGGGCCGCGGUGCGCAUCAAAUCUACAACUCCGUACGUGAAACCUGAAAAGAGAGAGACCAUUUACACCGACGACGAGAGGAAUACAAUAACCGAGCUGAAAAAGCUCUAUCUGGAGACCAUUAAUUUGGAUGUGGCCCUACAGCGAGAUAUCUAUAAUAUGGAGAAGAGUUACGAGGACCGCCACAAUGUUAUAUUUGAGAAACGCAAGAAGAUCAUAGAGGAUUUCCGUAAACAAACCCACGGCGAUUCGACGCCAAAUGAGAACGUCAGUAAUUUUUGGCUCAAGGUGCUAAAAGCCUCUUACACAGAGUUCAUCAGCAAGAAGGACGAGAAGAUUUUGUCAACCUUGGUCGAUGUACGUUCCCGGCUCUAUAAUGACCCAGAAGUUAAGUUCGACAUCGAGUUCCACUUCGAUAAGAACGAAUACUUCACCAACAGUGUGCUGAAAAAGACGUAUUUCUUAAACUGCCUGCCGGACCCCAAAGAUCCGCUUUCGUAUGACGGCGCCGAGAUCUACAAGUGCGAGGGCUGCACCAUUGAUUGGAAGACGCCAAAGAGCGGCGAGAAUAGUAGCGAAUCGGAUAACCCAUCUUUCUUCAACUUCUUUUCUCCUCCCACUGUGCCGGCGGACCCCGAGAAUGAAUACUUCUGUGACGUCAAUGCAAUACUACAAAAUGACUUUGAGCUGGGCUUCUACCUAAAGGAACGCGUCAUUCCCAAGGCAGUGAUCUUCUUCACAGGCGAGAUCGCCGACUGCCAGAGCACCUCCGAGUCGGACUCUGAGAAUACCGAUGACGAUUCUGACGCCGAGGAGGAAGACGAAUCGUCCAAUGGCACCGACAAGUGAACAAGCAAUUUCUACACCUUUACACCUUUUACACUUUUCACAAUUGUUUUUCACACAAAAGCACCUCGCCAUUAAUUGGUCUGUCCUUACAAGAUUUACCAAGCUGCCAAAUAAACAUUUCAUUUUACGUA